ACAGAUAAGCUCCGACGAUGAUCAGACCAAUUUGGCCCAUCCAAGUUUCCGUCGAUCAUCAAUCAGCCGCUGCGUGCCUCGCGCGCUUGCUUCCUAUCUUGCAUCAAUCUCGAUCAUCAAUCAGCUGACCAAUUCGCAUCGAUCCAUCGGUCGCGUAUAUAUAUUCGCCUCCUGCAAGAAUCCAUUGGCGGUCGCUCCCGUCACUUUCCUCACUCCAUUUUUCUUUGCUUGUGCCACCUAUCCUACUUUCCCUUGCUAAAAGCAGAGACAGACGCGUGCAGUGCGGUGGUGCGCGACCCAAGAAAUCGAUCGUCUUCUUCUUCUUCGGUGGGCCAUGGCGGCGGCUGCCUUGCGGCGGGCGAUGGCAGUUGCCUUGGUCGCCGUGGCGCUCUCGGCGGCGCGCCCGCUGGUGGCUGCGUUCGAGGAGGGGUUCUCGCCGCUGUUUGGGGAGGCCAACAUGGAGCGUUCCCCGGACGGGAGCACCUUGCGCCUCACCCUGAACCGCUACUCCGGCUCCGGCUUCAUCUCCUCCGACUACUACCACCACGGCUUCUUCAGCGCCUCCAUCAGGCUGCCCAAGGACCACACCGCCGGCGUCGUCGUCGCCUUCUACCUGUCUAACGGCGACAUGUUCGACAAGAACCACGACGAGCUGGACUUCGAGUUCUUGGGCAACCGGCAGCGUCACGAGUGGAAGCUGCAGACCAACGUGUACGGCAACGGCAGCACCGACCGGGGCCGCGAGGAGCGGUACCUCAUGCCCUUCGACCCCACCGCCGCCGCGCACCGCUUCUCCAUCCUCUGGUCCUCCCGCGUCGUCAUCUUCUACGUGGACGGCGUGCCCAUCCGCGAGGUGCCCCGCUCUGUUGCCAUGGGCGGCGACUACCCGUCCAAGCCCAUGGCGGUGUACGCCACCAUCUGGGACGGCUCCACCUGGGCCACCGACAACGGGCGCUACAAGGUGAACUACAAGCGCGGGCCCUUCACCGCCGAGUUCUCCGACCUCGUCCUCCGCGGCUGCCCGGCCGGCGCCGUGAGGCACGACGACCAGCCCACGCAGCUGCGGCUCGCGUCCGCGGACAACAGGGACCGCUGCGCGGGGGUGGAGUUCGAGCUGAUGACGGCGGAGUACGCCAUCAUGACGGCGCGGAAGCGGAUGGCGAUGCGGCAGUGGCGGCAGCGGCAGAUGCUCUACACGGUGUGCUACGACACCAACCGGUACCCUUGGCCGUUCCCCGAGUGCGACGUCAACGUGGCCGAGAGACAGAAGUUCUGGGAGUGGGGCGAGUCCAAGGUCGUCCGCCCGCGCGUCCGCGGCCGCGGCCGCUCGCGGCGCCGCCCACCACCGCCGGCGCUGGUCUCGCUGCAGCAAGCCGACUGAUCAUCAUCGGCUUAGCCUGACGUGCACGUUCACUAGACUUGGCCCGUUGCUACGGGCCGUCCGAUCAGAUUGUACUAGUACUAAUUGGUUACCCUACCCAUUAUCCUGACCUGACCAUUCCGCAUGUAUUAUAUAUGGAUUUUUUUAUUGGACAAGUUAAACGAGUGACCUCGCUUAUUUAUGGUUCA